AUGUGGGAACUCCGGUCCAUAGCCUUCUCCAGGGCCGUGCUUGCAGAGUUCCUGGCCACACUCCUCUUCGUCUUCUUUGGCCUCGGCUCGGCCCUCAACUGGCCACAGGCCCUGCCCUCUGUGCUGCAGAUUGCCAUGGCCUUCGGCCUGGCUAUCGGCACCCUAGUGCAGGCUCUGGGCCACGUCAGCGGGGCCCACAUCAACCCUGCUGUGACUGUGGCCUGCCUGGUGGGCUGCCACGUCUCCUUUCUCCGAGCUGCAUUCUAUGUGGCUGCUCAGUUGCUGGGGGCCGUGGCAGGGGCUGCUCUGCUCCACGAGAUCACACCACCAGACAUCCGAGGGGACCUGGCUGUCAACGCACUCAGCAACAACACGACAGCCGGCCAGGCCGUGACCGUGGAGCUCUUCCUGACCCUGCAGCUGGUGCUCUGCAUUUUCGCCUCCACCGAUGAGCGCCGUGCGGACAACCUGGGCACCCCCGCCCUCUCCAUUGGCUUCUCUGUGGUCCUGGGCCACCUCCUCGGGAUCCACUACACCGGCUGCUCCAUGAACCCUGCCCGCUCCCUGGCUCCAGCUGUCAUCACUGGCAAGUUUGAUGACCACUGGGUCUUCUGGAUCGGACCCCUGGUGGGCGCCAUCCUGGCCUCCCUGAUCUACAACUACGUGCUGUUCCCGCCCGCCAAAAGCCUGCAGGAGCGCCUGACGGUGCUCAAGGGGCUGGAGCCCGACACCGACUGGGAGGAGCGCGAGGUGCGGCGGCGGCAGUCGGUGGAGCUGCACUCGCCGCAGAGCCCGCCGCGGGGCAGCAAGGCCUGA